AUGGCUUACGGGACGACCGAUUCACCUGGUGAGGAGCAAAGUCAGGGUAACAAUAUCCAAACUGCUCCUAAUGAUCAAACUGCUCAAGCGCGUGGCUCAGAAAGUCCCAGUCCAAACCAUGACGAGGAGAAUCCGCUGCUCGACUCGGACCAGACGAGUCAAAAAGUAGCCAGCAUCUCCAGUAUCAUCGCAGUGCUGUUGCUCGGCGAAUUUAUCUCCAAUGCAGAUGCCACAAUCAUCAUGGCGGCUGCAGGCCCCAUCGCAUCCCAAUUCAACCGGCUACACGAUGCCAAUUGGCUAUCCACGGCAUAUACAUUAGGAUCAUGUGCCUCACAGCCUAUAUAUGGUAAACUCAGCGACAUCUACGGCCGAAAGCCACUGUUACUGGUAUCUUACUUUUUGCUCGCGUUGGGCUGCGUUAUCUGCGGCAUUGGUCAGGUAAUGCCUAUAGUGAUCCUCGGCCGUAUCAUCAGUGGCAUGGGCGGAGCUGGCAUAAUGGCCAUGAGUGCAAUCAUCAUCACAGACAUCGUACCCAAAAGAGACGUUGCUUCCUGGAGAGCUUACGUGAACAUCGCCAUGACUCUUGGCCGGAGUGUCGGUGGCCCUAUUGGCGGAUGGCUCACAGACACUAUCGGAUGGCGCUGGCUCUUUCUUCUUCAAGCCCCGUUCCUAGGACUUGCAUCUCUUCUUGUAGUGAUAUUCCUACAGGGACUUCAUACUCAUAAGACUUCUGCGCAACCAGACAAGAAUAUCUCACCCAUUCGUCGAGUGGAUUUCCUCGGAACGGGGGUGCUAGCUGUUUCCAUCGUCGCAAUCAUAUUACUCUUCGACCGCGGAGGGCAGGCCUUCCUCUGGCUCUCGGGAUAUGCGUUAGGUCUUGCAUUAACUGGAAUAUUAGCGCUGACACUUUUUGUCUAUGUGGAGAACCACGUUGCCCCUGAACCUAUAUUUGAUUUACGCAUAUUCCGAGACCCUAACAUUAUACCUAGUUAUUUAAUCGGUGGCUUGCAGACAUCAGCCCAAGUUGGUAUGAUGUUUACUGUGCCACUGUAUUUCCAGGUCAUGACGGGCACUACCUCGACAGUUGCAGGUGCACAUUUGGUCCCAGCAGUUGUAGGAAAUACAAUAGGCGGAUUAUUGGCUGGAGCUUUCAUUCGGCGUACUGGCCGAUACAAACCUGUUCUCAUUGCAGCUGGUAUUGCCGCCUCUGUAUCGUAUGUACUACAAUUCUACCUCUGGAACGGGCAUACUGGAUUCUGGGGUUCGCUAUAUAUCGUCCCUGGCGGUAUGGGCACUGCCUUUGCAGCAGCCGCGGCAUUUGUGUCCAUGACAUCGUUUCUUGAACCAGUUGAUAUUGCAAUGGCCACGGGGGGAUAUAUCCUGUUCUCGACCUUUUCGGUGACUGCUGGUGUAACUGCGACCAACACUGUUCUGGGCAUCACUUUUAAGAGAGAUAUGGAGCAAGGGCUUAAAGGACUUCCUGACAAAGAAGAGAUCAUUCGUCGAGCAAUGUCCGAUACGUCCUACAUUGCCGGCUUAACGGGAAGGGUCCGGGAUAUCGUUCUUCAGAGCUAUCUUUCUGGUUUACGCGGCACAUAUAUCAUUUCAUUUGCCAGUUCCAUCGCGGGAUCUCUAAUUGCAUGGACUGUCCGAGAUUGCCAUCUUGACUAA